AUGGGAUCACCCCUCUCACCUGUCAUUGCCAACCUCUACAUGGAACACUUUGAAACCCAAGCUCUAGAAAAAUCGGAUCACAAACCCAAACUCUGGCUCAGAUACGUAGACGACACCUUCAUAAUCUGGCCACAUGGGAAAGAAAAACUGGACAACUUCCUCACACACCUCAACAGCCUACACCCCAAAAUACAGUUCACCAUGGAAACAGAAGCUAACAACCAACUUCCCUUCCUGGAUGUCUUAGUCUACAAGAAAUCCAAUGGCUCCCUAGGACACACCAUCUACCAGAAGAAAACACACACAAACCGCUAUCUGCACGCUCUCUCACACCACCACCCAGCACAGAUCAACUCUGUAGCCAAGACACUCAUCUCCAGAACAAAACGCUUAGCUGACGAACAACACCUAAAACCCGAACUACACACUCUCACCAAUGUACUAACAUCCAAUGGAUUCCAUAGAAAUAAGAUUACAAACCUAAUCCAAAAAGAAACCCCCACUAAAAUCCAAGACAAAGAACAAGAAAACGGCAAAGCCCUCCUCCCAUACAUAAAAGGCACCACAGACAGAAUCAGUAAGAUCCUCCAUAAACACAACAUCAAAACAGCAUUCUGCACAAACAGAAAA